ACCCUUCUUCCCUAGGCUUUCUCUUUAUGAGCAGUUGGGCUAUAUUGCCUCAUGAAAAUCUCAAAAUAUUGUGGCAUUGUUGGUGUGAUAUGGGUCUGGGAAAGUAUACGACAAUCUGCACUAGCCACUAGUUUUGUUACUUGCCUUCUCCUUCCAUGGAAACAACAAAAGGACACUGACGUGAAUGAAUUUUGAAAAUAGUUUGAUGGGUUUCAUUUAGAAUAAACUGAAGUGCAACAGAUAUCUCCAUGAUACCCACAAACAAUGGGUUUCCUUAUAGACUAUGGCCUCUGAUGGAUUUUUAUGGCAUGGUUUGGUGAAGGGUUUUUCUUGCUAGGGGUGGCGCUUAAGAUCAAGGCCUUCAAGAGAGAACCCUCUUAUGAUUUUCCAUCGGGUUUCCCUUAGGUGGCCAUAGUUAUUGAAACAAAUACCCCACCUAAGAUUUUGCGUAAAUUCGUGGAUUAAAUUUUGGUGUUUCAUGAUAACAAGCUACAAAGUUAAUUAUGAAAGGUAAACGUCUAGCAAGUAGUAAAACUCAUGUUGUCAAGGAAGAGGAAGAGAAAGCAGCUGAUCAAUUGAGGGGAAAGGCCAUGCCUGGGGAUUUAAUAUGGGUCAGGCUCCGUGGGUUAUCAUGGUGGCCAGCUCAGGUUGUUAAUGAGAAUGCUGUGAGUAGAAGCAAUAAACCUGGUAAUAGAUCAGAGGAUGAAGUUCUUGUUCGUGUGUAUGGAACCUAUAACUACUUGUAUGUGGAUCCAGUGAAAUGUCGUUCUGAAUUUGAGAAUAUACUCAAGCAGAAUAAUGGUAGUUACAGAGAAAUAUUUCAGAAGGCUCUGGAGCAGGAUCUUCCUAGUGCUAAGUGUGGUAGAUCGAAGGGGCGAGGAUCCAAAUCCAAAGAAAGUGCUGAGGAAGUGGAAAGCAAAACCUUUAAAGAGAAUGGGGAACUGAAGAAACUCAAACUGAAGAGGCCAAGUGCCAAGUGGGAAGCAAAAUGCAAAACCUCUAAGCAAAAUGGGGUGCAGAAGGAACCAAAGCCAACUAGCCUGAGCAAUGAAGAUGAUACAAAAUGCAGAACCUCUCAGCAUAGUGGGGUGCAAAAGAAACACAAUACAAAUAGCUUAAGCACUGAUGCUAAAAAAGAAGCAAAAAGCAAAACUGUUGAGGAUGCAGGGUUGCAGAAAAAACUUGUGCCAAAUAGCCCAAGUGCACGCAAGGAAGCGAAAGGAAAAACUCCUAAGCGAGAUGUGGUGCAGAAGAAACUUGAGUUGAUUGAUGCAAAAGAGCAAAGCAAUACCCCUACGCAAGAUGGUGUACUGCAAAAAAAACGCAGGCCAAGUAGCCAAUGCUAUGAGGAGGCAUCAGAAAGCAAAACCUUGAAACAAGAUGGGGCACAAAAGAAACUCAAGCUAAAUAGCCCAAGCACUGAGAAGGAAGCAAAAAGGAAAACCUCUAAAAAGGAUGACAUGCUGAAGAAGCUCAAUUCGAAUAGCCCAUGCACGGCAACAUCUUCAACAAGGAAGACUAGUGAAAAAAUAUCUUCAAGGAAGUCUCACAUACUCAAUGCACGGAGAAUGAGAGUUAUGCGGAGCCUUGGUCUCACUGCUCCUUCUGGAUCUCCAUUUGAUAGAAAUGGACAUACUUAGCUUAGCUAGGUAUCUUUUAAAAUCCUCAGAAAAUUUUCUGUUCAGUGGCAUGGUAUAGGUCCACUAAUUUUUGCAAGUUUCAUCAUUGUGUGACUAGUGAGAAUUUUUUGUUUAUACCCAGUUUGAAUACAUGGUCAUUGGACUUAUGCUCCUUGCCUUUUUUCUUGUCCUGUGCAAGGCUUGCACAUAAGGUUUGUGAAGGCCAUGUUAAUCUUAACUCAAUAUGAAUUGAAAUAUCCCAUCUGGAUGUUGGGUCUGGAUUCUGUGAAUUGAACUAUGUGUUGUUACCUUUUUGUUAGACUUUGUGAAGGCAAUGUUAAUCUUAACCCAAUAUGGGUACUUUCUUUCA